AUUUGUUUUUCUACAUUUGAAAAACGACAAACAAAACACUCAAACAAACUAGGGAGCCAUCUCAUGGCAACGCAGUGUCUUGUAAACUGCCCACAACGUGUUUGUUAAAGUGCUUAUGAAAGUUUCACAUUUUUCGUAGCGUAGCUCGAGGGAUCAAAUGACCCGCAUCCGGAGGCUUCUUCUUUUCCACAAAUUCGCUGUUGCAGCACCACGGUUGGGUGUCACUGUGAGGGGGUUUUGUACCCGUGCUGCUCCUCUUGAUUUCACUCAAAUUCAAAUUGCUCGCCUCCCCACUGUCGUCAUUCUAGGGCGACCUAAUGUGGGCAAGUCUGCAUUGUUCAACCGUCUGAUUCGGAGGAGGGAGGCUCUGGUGUAUAACACCCCUGAUGAUCAUGUUACUCGUGACAUACGAGAAGGAGUUGCCAAGCUGGGUGAUUUACGAUUCAGGGUCUUGGACUCUGCUGGCCUGGAAGCUGAAGCCUCUUCCGGUUCUAUCCUCCAUAGAACUGCUUCUAUGACAGCAAAUGUGUUGGCAAGGUCUAACUUUGCACUCUUCCUCACUGACGCAAGAGCUGGAGUUCAUCCUCUUGAUCUGGAGGUUGGAAAAUGGUUAAGAAAGCAUGCACCUCAAAUCAAACCUAUUGUUGCCAUGAAUAAAUCAGAAUCCCUAUUCGAUGCCGAUGAUUCUCUGGCCACAGCUGCUAAUGAAAUGUGCCGUUUGGGUUUUGGGGAUCCUAUUGCCAUAUCUGCUGAGACUGGACUGGGCAUGCAUGAGUUGUAUGUGUCUCUUAGGCCUCUCCUGGAGGACUAUAUGCUUCGAGUCUUGAAGGAUACGGAUGAAGGAGAUCAUGAAAAUAGCCACGACGAGAACAGCAGCAACCUUGAUGUUGAUGAAAGUAAGCUGCCAUUGCAGUUAGCCAUUGUAGGACGUCCUAAUGUCGGUAAAUCAACAUUAUUGAAUGCGUUGUUGCAAGAAGACCGUGUUCUUGUGGGUCCUGAAGCUGGUCUAACAAGGGAUGCAAUCAGAACCCAAUUUGAAUUUCAAGGAAGAACAAUUUAUCUGGUUGAUACUGCUGGUUGGUUGCAGAGGACAAAACAAGAGAAAGGAGCAGCAUCCUUGAGCAUUAUGCAAUCAAGGAAGAGUCUUCUCCGGGCUCAUAUAAUUGCUUUGGUACUGGAUGCAGAAGAGAUUUUAAAUGCAAGACGAAGUAUGAAACAUGCCGAAGUCGUUAUAGCCAGACGGGCAGUGGAAGAAGGGCGAGGUCUGGUUGUGAUUGUGAACAAGAUGGACCUUUUAAGAGGCAAACACAAAUCAUUAUCCUAUGAGAAGAUUAUGGAAGUGGUCCCACAAGAAAUUCAGACAAUUAUACCUCAGGUAACAGGAAUUCCAGUUGUAUUCAUUUCAGCAUUGGAGGGAAGGGGCCGAAGCACUGUCUUGAAUCAGGUCAUUGAUACAUAUGAAAAAUGGUGUUCCAGAUUACCUACAGCUCGUCUUAACCGUUGGCUGCAAAAGGUUAUGAGCAGGCAUUCUUGGAAAGGCCAAGCAGCACGGCCUAAGGUCAAGUAUUUCACGCAGGUCAAGGCACGGCCACCUACAUUUGUUGUGUUUGUGCGUGGAAAGACUCAGCUUUCCCAUACAGACAUCAGGUUCAUAACCAAGUCCUUGAAGGAGGACUUUGACUUGGGUGGAAUUCCUAUACGGAUCAUGCAACGUUCUGUAACUAGGAAUGAUACCAGUGGAACUAGCAAGAAUAGUCAUUCAGUAGGCAGAGUUGUGGCCGAAAGGGUUGUCUCUGACAAGAGAAAUAUCUUAGCUGAAUAACAAAUUUGACUUCUUAUUAAAGGGCAUAACCAUCAUUCCCCUAAUUUUUCUUAAACGAGUUUAGAGUAGUUCAAAGGUGCUGAGUUGUGUGUAUACAACAACAACAAUAAGAUAUACCAGUAUAGCUGAUAGAAUUCUAAUAGAUUAUUUGCAGUUUGCUUAUCUAGUGAUGUGUAUCAUGAAGUGCAAAUGAUUUUGAACAGGGCAUUACAUGAAUGAAUUGUUGCAGUUUUCUCAUUAACACUGAAUAAUUUUACACCUUUCUUUUGUCAUUCA